AUGUCGGCGGAUUUCGAUGUUGACGCGAUACAGCAAGCGGAAAUUGACUCGGUUUCGGAAGAUUUUCCGGACAUGAAUGCUCCAGAGCCGAUUGUUAUCCGCGGAUGUGGGAAUGUUACUGUUUUCGGCCUUUGCAACAAGUUUGAUGACGGGUUUCCUUUAGCGCUGAAUGGAAAGGUUGCACCAGAAGAGUUCAAAGGGACAAUGUCACGAUUGAACUCGGUGUUGAAGAAAACCCUUCCCAUCAACGUGAAAUGGCUGCUAUGUGGAUGUCUUUGUUGCUGUUGCACGCUUGGGUUUUCUUUGUGGCCAAUCAUUUGCUUGAGCAAACGGACGAAAAGUUUGUUGGAGAAGGCCAUCGAAUGGGAAAACACCAAUUUGUAUCGAAAACUCGGGCUCAGAAUGAAGCUGGAUAAGCAACAUUGCCAAAGCAAUGGAAACCUGAUGGAAUAUGUGAUAUUGAUCCAAUGCUUACCAAAACUUCAUCUUCAUUGCCCGGAAUGAAAAUAUGGACUGCGUGAUUAUUGAUUGCUAGUCUGAUGUGGUCUUUCAGUGUCUUCUCUGGUACCUGAACGUUAUGUGUGUGGUUUUUUAAAGAUGAAUUGAAUAUGCGAGUUUUGUCGUGAAUCUCAACUGGAAACGAGGAAUGCGGUUUUUUUUUUCUGCGCGAGAAGUUUUAUUUUUUGGAUUGUUACGAGUGGUUGUUUCACUUAAUUUUUUAUUUUUCCCAAGUUGAUUUGUUGAUCAAUGGACUUCUUAGAUCGGUCGUAUUGAACGAAGUCUUGGAAUAAUUCAAGUAACAAAUUCGAAUGUUUACAGAAGUACGGAAUCUGCUGAUUUGUCAACUGGAGCAGAAAACGUCGCCAGAUUUAUUCGGAUGCGGGUAAUUUUCAUAAAUACUGUACAGUAUUUCGAAAGCUUUUGUUUUGUCGUGGCAAAAACGGGAUUCUGGCGGAUAUUUUCCGGCUUAUUCAAUUUUGAAGUGACUACGCUUGUUAGCUGCCAUUUCUUUAAAAAUUGUCGCACGCUG